GGGGCUGUCUACGGUCUAGGACACGGCCGCGGCCGCCCGCCCGUCGGUCUUCCGUUCCGCAAGGCGGUUACGGAGCAGCCAGAGCGCGCUCCUCGGUUCCAGGAUGCGCACGCGCGUCACCGCCAAACUUACGUCUAGCCUCCGGCACGGGCACGUUCAUUAUCCCCCCCCCCCUACACGAACAAAUGGACUCACCCACAUCCGGGGUCUCAAAGCGGAGCCUGCGAGUCACGUGACGCCCAGGGCGUGGUCCUGAAGAAACCGCUGUUCCCGCCGCAGGAAUAGAAUUCCCCUCAUUGGGUUCCAGCCCGGCUGGUGAGGACAGUCAAGCGAUCUUCAGAAGAAGGUCCAGAAGACAGUGAUGUCCACCAGGACAAAGAUGAUGAAGGUCCUGUGGAUAAUCCUUCUCCUACGCCUGGAGCACAUUGAGGGAGAACCGCGGUGGGGCAUAUUGUCAGCCUUUCCCAAACCUAUGCCAGUGCCUCAUUCCGCCACGGUCUUCCCUCGUUUCUUUACAACUGAGAAGCAGCUGGGUCUCCCCAUGGUGACUAGAGACGACUUUUCUGUCGCCUUGGGGGAAAACCGAGUUUUUCAGGAAUCUGGAACUCUUUGUUUUACGAUUAAUCAGUCACAUCCAUCCUGUAUAGUGUUAAAAAAGCAGGCUUUUGGCUGGUUUUCGGGACGCCCAGUGUGGGGACCCGUUAACCACGAAAGACGUUCCUCUCAAUAUGGUCCAAAAAAUGAUACCUCAAAGUUCCGGUUUGCAAAUUAUACCUUUACUGAGCUAACAAUUUGGUUUAAUGGAACUUUUGUUGUUGGUGACAAUGCCUCGGAGGUUUUAUAUCAGCCACAUCUUACCCCCCGUUGCGGGGGGGUUGAUGAAGGGGACCUUUGGCCAUGGUCAGAUUGUCAGUCAUCAGCUGUCGGGUGGGCGGAUAAACAACACCUCUUCACUUUCUCCCCGGAGAUGAGAGGUCGCCAUCCCUAUGUUGGUGCCUGGAAAGACGGAUUGUUCCUCCAGGAUGAAAGAUAUAAUCCAUUUACAAAAUGGCUCCUGUGUGGAGUGAAUGGCAGCUGCACGGACUUUUCACCUUUUGUGCUGUUACAGGGAGGAAUUAUAGCUUGCAACAAUGUCUCCGUGUCCAUAGAGAAGGUGGAAUUUGAAAAAGAACCACCUACGGAUGGAUACGGGGCACUUUGGGAGACAAGAAAUAGCUCGGGGGGUGUUAAGGACAUUGGACAUGGCUGUGGGAGGAAUACUUCUUUUGCCCCUGUGCCGGUGUGUGUCCAUCCACCAUUUAUGUUUGUUCUUAGUAAUUUCUCUUUCAGUAACUGUACCAAUGUUUCCUGUUACUUGUCUCAAUGCUGGAAUGCCAAGGUAUUCAAGAAUGCUAUGGUCCUUAGAGUGCCCCGGUGGGUCCCCGUGCCUGUAGAAGCCCCCAGCACACUAUCGCUAUUCAGACAAAAAAGAGAUUUUGGUGCCACAGCAGCCGGUGUCCCUUAUGAAAAGUUUACUAGGGCUGCCAAUUUGUCCCGCAGCUUAUCUCUGUUCUUUACAACAAAUUGGUCCAAGGAGUUUGAUAACAAAUUAGAGGAGUUAAGAAGGGCUGUGGUUCAGAUUAAUUCUACCCGAGUGGACCUUAGCUUAGCAAAGGGGUUUACUUCCUGGAUAUCCUCAGUGUUUUCUUAUUUUAAGGAAUGGGUAGGAGUGGGAAUGUUCCUGGUGUGCUGCCUGGGAGGAUGCGUACUUUGCCUCUGGUUGAUUUGCCGCCUGCGAACCCAGACUAAGAGAGACAAGGUGGUCAUCUCUCAAGAGCUCGCUGCCUUGGAAAGUGGUUCCUCCCCCAAAUUUGGCUGUCAGCGUUAAAAGGCAAAUAGCUCCCCUGGCCCUUGCACCCUCAGGGUCUCAGAGUACCCAUUACACGAGGAUGGGCAGGG